CUACAGUUCAUCUCGUACUCCACCAACUCAGUAAUCAUGUCAAAAGUUCUGAUAUUCUUGGCUUUCUUCUGCUUGUGCCUGAUGCAAAUCCAAGCUCAGCCAAACGAGAACAGAAGGAUCUGCGAGAAGCUGAACCGUGACUGUGUUGCGUGUCAGCGUAGAAGAGGACCCGACGACGAUGUGACUAACAUCUUCAAUGCCAACUGUCGCAGAAGCGAUCGCCGCUGGAAGAAUAUUACACGCUGCGAGCUGGACCGUGCCACCUGUGAACUAACUCUGGGUUCCUGCAGAGCUGUGACCUGCGCCAAUGUGCGUCGCAUAAUAAACUAACGGAUGGAAAUAGAGAGAGGAAGUGUAAAUGACUAAAUUGAGAAAUGUAUUGCAUUGAAAAAGUUAAGAAAAUAUAAUAACAUUUUAUUUCAUCCAA